AUGGAACUGGCUACCUUGAAUCUCAGCGCGGGGAACGGGAGCGACCCAGAGCCUCCCGCUGAUGAGUCCAGGCUGCUGUUCGGCAUCGGCGUGGAGAACUUCAUCACGUUGGUGGUGUUUGGCCUGAUUUUCGCGAUGGGCGUGCUGGGCAACAGCCUGGUGAUCACUGUGCUGGCGCGCAGCAAACCUGGCAAGCCGCGCAGCACCACUAACCUGUUCAUUCUCAACCUGAGCAUCGCAGACCUGGCCUACCUGCUCUUUUGCAUCCCCUUCCAGGCCACAGUGUACGCACUGCCCACCUGGGUGCUGGGCGCCUUCAUCUGCAAGUUUACACACUACUUCUUCACCGUUUCCAUGCUCGUGAGCAUCUUCACCUUGGCCGCUAUGUCUGUGGACCGCUACGUGGCCAUUGUGCACUCUCGGCGCUCCUCCUCUCUCAGGGUGUCCCGCAAUGCGCUGCUGGGCGUGGGCUUCAUCUGGGCGCUGUCCAUUGCCAUGGCCUCGCCAGUGGCCUACCACCAACGCCUCUACCGGAACAGCAACCAAACCUUCUGCUGGGAGCUUUGGCCCAACCAGCUCCACAAGAAGGCUUAUGUGGUGUGCACUUUCGUCUUUGGCUACCUUCUGCCUUUACUGCUGAUCUGCUUUUGCUAUGCCAAGGUCCUUAAUCAUCUGCAUAAAAAGUUGAAGAACAUGUCAAAAAAGUCAGAAGCAUCCAAGAAAAAGACCGCGCAGACCGUCCUGGUGGUGGUUGUGGUUUUUGGUAUAUCCUGGCUGCCCCAUCAUGUCGUCCACCUCUGGGCUGAGUUCGGAGUGUUCCCGUUGACCCAGGCUUCCUUCUUCUUAAGGAUCACUGCCCACUGCCUGGCAUACAGCAACUCCUCGGUGAACCCCAUCAUAUAUGCCUUUCUCUCAGAAAACUUCCGGAAGGCGUACAAGCAAGUGUUCAAGUGCCACAUUUGCAAUGAACCAGUCCCCAGCGACACUAAAGAAAACAAGAGCCGAAUAGACACCCCGCCGUCCACCAACUGUACCCACGUGUGAAGGUGCACUGAGACCUCCUGACCCCCAGCUCCCAUGUGGGUUAGAGAGAACAGGAUGCAGUGGACGAUGACGAAACACGGAGCUCGUUCUCCUGACCACAAUCUGUAGCCCUCUAACUAUGUUUCACAGCUGUUAACCUACCUUGAUUGCUGAGGAACUCGCGGGUCCACUGAAGUCCAAUUAGCUUCCUUAUAAAAUUGUAUUUCUGAAACAAAAGAAAAUUCUGUAGAGUUGAUGUCUCUCAAGGAGUGAGAAUCCAACAGCAUUCUACAGAUAAGUUCAGAUUCCACGGGACAAGGCCAGUUCUGUAAAGCAGUGAAGAAUAUUUGAAAUCUACAUUAUUUUUUGAGACAGAGUUUCUCUGUGGGAUUGUUCCAGCUGUCCUGGAACUCACUUUGUAGAUGAGGCUGGCCUUGAACUCACCGAGAUCCACCUACUUCUGACUCCUGAGUGCUGGGAUUAAAGGCAUGCGACAGAACUCUGCAUUUAAAAGUUAGUUAACUUAGGGGGAAAGUUCUUUUUUUUUGCCUCAGCUUUGAGUGGAGAGGUAAUAGUCUAGCCUGUGUAUUUUGAAAUACAACUGUGGCACAGAAUAGUGAAUUUUAUUCCAUAAAACCUUUGUAGACAGGCACCUCUUCUGAGUGGGGCAGAGGAGGUGGGUUUUCAUUUUGUCUUUAUGGGUGGUCAGACGUCUCUUUGGGAAUGUGAGGCCAUCAUGUUCAUUUCAGGAGAUCAGCGGUGAUUCUACUUUGGAACAAGCCUGUGAACUGGAAUGUUUAGAGUGAACUAAUCAAUGCCCAGGGAUCUGCCGAGGACCAAGAAUCUGGCAGAGGCACCAGGGGGAGAGUCUUGGGAAAGAAGACAGUAUGUUAUAGCUUUUAGCAUGUUCUUAGCAAUAUAUAUUAGCUAUGCCCCCCCAAAACCUAUGAAGCCAGUCAUCCAAUAACUUCGGCAGGAUUGAAAACUGGACAAAAUUUCAUUAGAUCCUGGGUAAUAUCCAUGCCCCUUGGAGAAAGCAGGAGAGACAUUUGACUCAGACGGACUGAAGACAACAAAACAUACGAGAGAAUGCACACGCCUAGA